UCCUUCGGCUACUCCUCCUAUCUGGAUCAAAAAGUGCAGCAAGAAUCUUCGUUGUUUGUUGUUUUGUGUGUUUCGAACUUUGAACUCUGUUGCGUGGUAUGCCACAUGCUUAUGCUGACACGGGUGUUGAUGCUGCUGUGGUGUUGAAGCAAUAAAAGCUGUAAUUAGUGUGCGCUUGUGGAUUUGUGAAAUUUAAUUAGGAAAAAAUAUGGUGAGAGCAGUGGAAAAGUGGAAAAUAAAGUUGCUACAAACAACAGGAAAAUCAGACAGUAGUUUCUGUCAAAAGCUUUAUGGAAUCACAAUUCUCAAAUCAAAUUAAUGUUUUUACAAACCGCAGACACUAAUCUGAUUGUGAGGGCAAUUUAAUUGGCAUUCAAAUCAGUUUAAACUCAACAGUGGUGUGCUUUUCUGGUCAAUUGAUUUGGUGAUCUCUACAUUAAUGAAUAUUUGUGGAAAUAUUCCACUAACUCAAACUGUGCGUGAAGUCCUGGGCAACAUUUAACGAGUGAAGUUCUGUGGUGAUUAAUAUGGAUUCCGAAUAAACAGAAACACCGAAAUUGUGCAUCAUAAAAUCCUCCCUACAUGGCCCCAAAAUGAAUGUCAGCGUGAUUUAAGUGUCAUCUCUGCACUGAAAGGGGAAGGCCCUACUAAAACCUGAAGCCUGAACGUGACUUUUGCCGAAAGUAAAUUGAGUCACCAGCCACCGCGGCGAUAAAAGGUGCCAUGCCAACCUGCGAAAUACGCUAGGAUUGGCACGGUCAAAGAGAUAAAGGAUCUGUCUAUGCGCUACGUGUUGCCUAUGGCUCCCACUUUGGGGGCAUCGGCAACAGCCACAGCCUCAGCGAUGAGCAGGGAAGGCAGUAGGCGACAUCUUUCCCAGUCGCACGCUCGAAUGCUGGUCCUGCUUCUGCAGCUACUGGCGAUGGGUGCCACUGCAGCACCAGCACCUGCAGCAGCACCAGCUGCAGAUCCCCAGAAUUGUCCACACAAGGGGAUAGUGGAGCUGAUUCGCAUGAGUCCAGUGAUUGUAAAGGCCCUCGGUGCCCGUGUCUUCAUCGAUUCGGAGCUUGACGAUGGCCAGGGGGACACAUUAAUAACAUUAACCCCCGAAACGAUAUACAAAGGAGCCUCUUUGCUGAAAAUAUCCAAUGGCGCCAGCGGCGGAGAGGUUACACUUUCGCUUCGGGCCGGAGAAGAGAUGUCCAGCAGCGGCGGCCAUCGCAACGGCGGAAGCUCCAAUGGAUCCGGAAGUGGAAGCGCUUGGAGCGGCACUGAGUCAGCGUUUCAGUACGAGGGCCAGCUAAAUGCAACACUCCAGCCGCUGCGCUGCUUCGAUGCUAAUAUGCUGAAAAUGCUGCCAGCGGAAUUAAUUGCCUUUGGAAAAUUGUUGCCUGCCGUAGCAGCAACCAACUCUGGCAGACAGUUGCCACGACCGGCUGCCGCAGGGGCCAGUUCCAGAGACAGCACCAGUGAUGUUCUGCACAUCAGCAUCAACGGGCUGCAUCGCUGGACACCGCAAUUCGAGAAUCAUAUCUGGAAGCAUUUGGGCUGGGAUGAUUGGAGCGACUUUACCGUAUGCAGCGUCACCUGCGGGAAGGGGGUUCAGCAGCGUUUCCGCCGCUGCCUGCUGGACAAUCCGCUGGUAGACAUGAAUAUGAACAUGAACUUGGAAAACCAGAAGGAGGAGGAGGAGGAAGAGGAAGACGAUGUUGUGGACAUGGAAAUGGACGACACCGCAAAUGGGAUUUCCAGUUCUAGGGAGGCGAAUAACGAUGAAACUCUGGACAACCUGGAAGCAGACACGUCGAACGAUGAUGAUAAUAAUGAGGUACUGGCCGAUGACGAGGCAGCGGAUGAAAGCAAGGCUCUGCGCGUCCAACGGCCGCUGCAUAAAUUCACACAGAUGGCAACAUCCCAGCCCCACCCCCAGGCACCUGGCCCCAUGGGAACAAACAGCAGUAGUAACUCAGCGGUAGGAAAAAGUGUUUGGUUUGUGCAACGAGAUGAUGGUAUAGCCCGUGCCCGAAACCCAGUUGGUAGCAGGAAGACACGUGCGAGCAAUCAGCACAAGAAGCGCAAGUCGGCCAAGAGUGUGGCUCUGUCCACGCUCCUCUGCGAGGGCUACAACAUCGAGCAGCGCAACUGCAAUAGUUUUGAAUGCAGUGAUGACAUAAGCGAUCUGCUCAAGUUCUAUAAGAAGUUGCCACUGAUGGAGGAGCUGCCCACGCAAGCCUCAGAGUCCGCAGCAGUAAUUUCGUUUCCGGAAAUUCAGAUGCAAGAUAUGACUACGGCUGUCAUGAUUGGUACCCCAUCGUCGCCCACACCCUCGACGCCCUACAACAUGGGCUACAUUCGAAGCUGGCGAAACAUACUUAACUUUACUCUGAUGAUCACGCUCAGGGCAAAGAACGACACAAAAAGUACGGCGACCAUCUUCUCCAUACGCAAUGCUACGCAUAAUCUGUAUCUGGAGGCGUGUAAGGACGGACUGCGCCUGUAUCUGGAACGCGACAAUACAACGGAAAUGUUGCCGGUGAAAUUCAAUUUAUAUGAUUAUCGCUGGCAUCAAGUGGCCAUCAGCAUACAAAAUGGCGAUUUUAUAUCAAUCUACGUCGAUUGCGCAUGGAAAAAUAGUUUUGUUGUCUCGAAACGACUGUACACACUGCCAAUAGACGCGGAUGUGGAGAUUGGACGCGGCUUUAAUGGAGAGCUGCAGCAGCUUCUUGUCAUGCCCGAGCACCAGGAGAGACUUCAGUGCAGCAACAAGCGCACAUCCAUCAACGAGGUGAAGCGCUAUAUCAUCGACACAUUCAUCGAGGACUACGGUGGCAAUUGAAGCGUGCAAUUAUGCAAUGCCACCAAAUGCAGAACAAUAAUGAAAAAAAAUUACAACAAUUGGAAGGACAUCCCAUAUACACAUGCAUAUACAAUACACAUACACAUAUUGCAUACUCAUGUAUAUGUACACUAUACAUAUGGAGGGGAAAAGUGAAAUCCAAACUGAAAUACGAUUACAAUUGUGGGCUAAUCAAAACUUCAUAGAUCUAUGAUAAAUUACAAUUUUAAUUUAAAUAUUUAUAAGUGUAACAACAAAUGUGUCUAUAAAUAUGCAAACUAAAAAUACACAUACAUAUGUAGAUGAUCACGCAGAUACACAGAAAUAAUACACAAUAUGUGAUUCAUGCCUGCUAGCAGCGCAUAGCGCAUUCCCAGCGUAGUGCCGCACUGCUAGCAGUGGCCAUGGCCACCAAAACACACAGACCGGACAAAGAUAUUUUGCGAUUACGACUACAAUGGCGUUAUGGGUGCAACGCAUCCCACUCGUUGCCCGUUGCACGCAGCGGCGUUCUACCAAUUAAGUUAAUUUGACGGAAUACAAUAAGAGUAACCGCUAGUAACCAAUCCACAGAGUGCAUUGCAGUGCGAUUGCCAGGUGAAUAAUCAUCGUACGAAAGGGUCAAAAAUAAAACAUAAAAAGAUCAAAUAAAACGUAAAAACA